AUGGAAGAAAAGGAAGACAUCAAGGACUCUUCUCUGCUUGAUAAGAGUAAUGUUCCGGAAUCAACUAACGAGGAUAUCUCAAAGACAACUGAUGUGGACCUAAAUUCCGAUGAAAAAAUAGAGAAUGACAUUUCUGUCAAGAGUAGUACCUCCAAGGUCGAAGAGAAUGUGACCAAGUCCUCAGGAAAUGAUGAGGACACAGUGGUGGCACCUGCUGGGGAUGCGAAAGAAGAAGAAGAGGAGCACCCCCCUUUACCGGCCAGAAAGAAGCCUGAAGAGGACCCAUCGAAAGAAAAUCCAAUACUGCAGGAAUUGAAGGAUGCAUUUCCCAAUUUGGAAGAGAAAUACAUCAAAGCGGUUAUCAUUGCGUCUCAGGGUGUUCUGGGCCCCGCUUUCAAUGCCUUACUAUUCCUAUCAGAUCCUGAAUCUGGCAAGGAUAUAGAGUUACCAACACAACCUGUGAGGAGGAUUCCAGAGGCACCGGCAAGAAGACGACAAACCCAAUUAGAACAGGACGAACUGUUGGCACGUCAAUUAGAUGAGCAAUUUAAUAACUCACAUUCUCGUCGCCGUAAUCGUGAUCGCGCACCUAAAGGCAUGCACGAACAGCGUCUAAAAGAUAGGCAGAGGAGACUACAUAAUCCAAAUGAAAGGGAAGAACACCAGGAAGACAGUGAAGAGGAAGAGGAUUCGUGGUCGCAAUUUGUAGAAAAGGACUUGCCAGAACUUACGGACAGAGCUGGACGGUCAUUACAAGAUACAGCAAACAAAGUUAGUAGCUGGAUAAGUGAUGCUUACCGGAGAAAUUUUGCUCCAGGGAGUGAGCAAACUGACAACCAAUAUGGUCCCCAAGAUCAGCAAGAAGAAUGGGAGCCAGAGAUUGUGGAUUUAUCGCAAGGCGGAAAGAAGCCAAGACCCCAGCAACCUGAGAGAAAAAGGUUUAAUUCGUUUGGCGUUCAAGUUGGUGAUGACUCCUUAGAAAGCCACGGAAUCACACUACACAACGAAGAUGGAUUUGAAGAUGAUGAGGAUGUGCCACCUCAAUUGCCAACAAGAACAAAGUCUGGUGAAUCGGCCGGAAAAGUAGUGGCAGAGACAACUUACAUUGAUACUCCAGAUACAGAAACCAAGAAGAAAUGGCAGCCGCUGCCACCGGAACCACUGGACACUACACCAACUAAAGCGAACGCCGUUUCUAGAAAUAAGAAAAAUCCGGAUGAGGAUGAAUUCUUAAUCAACAGUGAUGACGAGAUGUAA